CGUGCUAUACAGCCUCGCGAAGAAAAUUACGUGGUCUUCACUUUCAGCAAAUCUCGCCGGAUCCUCCCACCGCCCCGCCACCGCCACCGCCACCGCCGGUAAAAGAAAGAAGUGAAGCCUACACAUCCGAUUUUAAAUGGGGGAGCUUGAGAUUGUGAAGCAUGUUAAAUACAUACUAACGGUUGAAAAGAAAAAGGAUGAUUUCGAAUCUGUGGUGAUGGAGCACCUAAGGCUAAACGGCGCGUAUUGGGGAUUAACAACUCUCGAUAUCUUACAAAAACUUGAUACGGUCGAUGUAAAUGAGGUGGUUUCAUGGAUCAUGGAGUGCCAGCAUGAAUCUGGUGGUUUUGGGGGUAAUAUAGGGCACGAUCCCCACGUGUUGUACACGCUCAGUGCUAUUCAGGUUUUAGCACUAUUUGACAAAAUAGAUGUUCUUGAUAUCGACAAGGUUGCAGAUUAUAUUUCAAGCCUACAAAAUGAAGACGGAUCCUUUUCUGGUGACAUUUGGGGUGAAAUAGAUACGAGGUUUUCUUAUAUUGCAAUAUGCUCUCUCGCAUUAUUACAUCGCUUGGAUAAAAUAAACGUGGAAAAAGCCGUAGAGUACAUUGUUAGCUGCAAGAACUUAGAUGGUGGAUUUGGAUGCACACCGGGAGGGGAAUCUCAUGCAGGCCAAAUUUUCUGUUGUGUGGGAGCACUUGCGAUAACUGGUUCACUACAUCAUAUCGACAAAGACCUCCUUGGAUGGUGGCUUUGUGAACGUCAAGUAAAAUCCGGAGGUUUAAACGGGCGACCUGAGAAGCUUCCUGAUGUCUGUUACUCAUGGUGGGUUCUAUCUAGCUUAAUCAUGAUUGAUAGAGUUCACUGGAUUGACAAGGGCAAGCUUGUCAAUUUUAUCUUGGAUUGUCAGGAUAAAGAGAAUGGAGGAAUUUCGGAUAGGCCAAACGAUGCUGUUGAUGUUUUCCACACUUAUUUUGGUAUUGCUGGUCUUUCGCUUUUGGAAUAUCGAGGACUGAAACCUAUCGAUCCAGCUUAUGCAUUGCCAGUUGACGUUGUAAAUAGAAUUUUCCUCCGCAAAUAAGUGGUAGCAGCUAAUAAGCUCGGGGUUUGACGAGAACGCAAUUUAUUUUCUCUGGCUCUAAAAUGAUUAAAUAGCUAGAAAGUAGAAAUUGUGACAAAUAUGGUUUGUGUAAUGUCGUGAUCGUUUUGCUCUGUAUCGUUUUCAUUAGUUUACCAUAACUUAUAAUGACGGUGGCUCGAAUCGUUGGAGCAUCUUGUGAACUAGUUUCGUCGGAUUCUUCUUACAUUAAUUUAGAAAGAUUAAUUAUUGUAGCAAAACAUAUUGAUUCAAGUGAAUCAUCUUCUUGCAUUUUUGUUCAAGGUUAAAGUAUAUAUAAUUUGGUGUCUUAGUUU